GAACGAUCACGAGGUAAGCAUGGCCGGGAACGACCACGAGGCAAGAAUGAUCAGGAACGACCACGAGGUAAAAAUGACCUGGAACGACCACGAGGCAAAGAUGAUCAGGAACGACCACGAGGCAAGAAUGGUCAGGAACGACCACAAGGUAAGAAUGACCUGGAACGAUCACAGAGCAAAAAUGAUCAGGAACGACUACGAGGCAAGAAUGAUCAGGAACGACCACGAGGUAAGAAUGACCUGGAACGACCACGAGGUAAGAAUGACCUGGAACGACCACGAGGCAAGAAUGAUCAGGAACGACCACAAGGUAAGAAUGACCUGGAACGACCACGUGGUAAGAAUGACCUGGAACGACCACGAGGCAAGAAUGAUCAGGAACGACCACGAGGUAAGAAUGACCUGGAACGAUCACGAGGCAAAGAUGAUCAGGAACGACCACGAGGCAAGAAUGAUCAGGAACGACCACGAGGUGAAAAUGACCUGGAACGAUCACGAGGCAAAGAUGAUCAGGAACGACCACGAGGCAGGAAUGAUCAGGAACGACCACGAGAUCAAUUACUCAGGAACACUACACCUCUGCUACCAUCUAUUGGACAAGUUAAGAACUGUCUAAGACACCUAAACCCCAGGAAAGCGACAGGUGUAGACAAAAUUCCUGCCUGGACAUCUCGCUCCAGUAGUCCACAAUAUUGUUACUGCCAGUAUAGACAGUAUAAAACAAUACAAGUACCCAACUUACCCAAGCCAACACAAACAUGCGUUGAUAUCCCCAGUUGCCAAAGUCCGGAACCCAAGUGA